GAUCGUCUUCUGCUCAUCUUCCCUCCAAAGUCGAAUCUUUAAUAUCCUUCAAUUGUAAAAUAGCGCCCUUGUGUCCCUUUUUCUUCAUCCUCAUCUCAUAAUGCAGCGCGCAUUAACACAAAGGGCUCGGGCUUCGGUCCUCUCGGCAUCAGCUGUGUCGAAAUUGCGUCCAGCGGCCAGUGUCAACACCCAGCAGCUUCGAUUUGCACACAAGGAGCUCAAGUUCGGUGUCGAUGCCCGCGCAUCCCUUUUGACCGGCGUUGAGACUUUGGCCAAGGCCGUGGCUACCACUCUCGGACCGAAGGGUCGUAAUGUCCUGAUCGAGUCGAGCUACGGAUCUCCAAAGAUCACCAAGGAUGGUGUCACCGUUGCGAGGGCCAUCACUCUCCAGGACAAGUUCGAGAACCUCGGCGCCCGCCUGCUCCAAGACGUCGCGUCGAAGACCAACGAGACAGCGGGUGACGGAACCACAUCUGCCACCGUUCUCGCAAGGGCCAUCUUUUCCGAGACCGUCAAGAACGUUGCUGCUGGAUGCAACCCGAUGGAUCUCCGCAGGGGAACACAAGCCGCCGUCGAGGCCGUCGUCGAAUACCUCCAGGCAAACAAGCGCGAUGUCACCACUAGCGCCGAGAUCGCACAAGUUGCUACCAUCUCCGCCAACGGCGACCAGCACAUUGGUGCCCUCAUCGCGAGCGCAAUGGAGAAGGUCGGCAAGGAGGGUGUCAUCACCGUCAAGGAGGGCAAGACCAUGGAGGACGAGCUGUCCGUUACCGAGGGUAUGCGCUUCGACCGUGGUUUCGUCUCCCCAUACUUCAUCACCGACACCAAGUCCCAGAAGGUCGAAUUCGAGAAGCCAUUGAUCCUGCUGUCCGAGAAGAAGAUCUCCGCCGUCCAGGACAUCAUCCCAGCCCUUGAGGCUUCUACCCAACUCCGCAGGCCGCUUGUCAUUAUUGCCGAGGACAUUGACGGCGAGGCCCUUGCCGUCUGCAUCCUCAACAAGCUCCGCGGCCAACUUCAGGUUGCCGCCGUCAAGGCGCCUGGUUUCGGAGAUAACCGCAAGAACAUCCUCGGCGACAUUGGUAUCCUCACCAACGCCACCGUCUUCACCGAUGAGCUUGACAUCAAGCUCGAGAAGGCGACAGCCGACAUGCUCGGCUCCACCGGUUCCAUCACCAUCACCAAGGAGGACACCAUCAUCCUCAACGGUGAUGGCAGCAAGGAUUCCAUUAGCCAGCGCUGUGAGCAGAUCCGCGGCGUCGUCAACGACCCAACCACCACGGACUACGAGAAGGAGAAGCUGCAGGAGCGCCUCGCUAAGCUCUCUGGCGGUGUUGCUGUCAUCAAGGUCGGUGGCUCAUCCGAGGUCGAGGUCGGCGAGAAGAAGGACCGUUACGUCGACGCUCUGAAUGCCACCCGCGCGGCUGUCGAGCUGGGCAUCCUGCCAGGUGGCGGAACUGCACUGCUCAAGGCUGCGGCCAACGCGCUCGGUAACGUCAAGCCCGCCAACUUUGACCAGCAGCUCGGUGUCUCCAUCAUCAAGAACGCCAUCACCAAGCCGGCUCGCACCAUUGUCGAGAACGCCGGGCUUGAGGGCUCCGUCAUCGUCGGUAAGCUGAUGGAUGAGUACAAGGGCGAGUUCAACAAGGGCUUCAACUCCGCGACUGGGGAGUACGUCGAUAUGAUUGAGGCUGGUAUCUUGGAUCCUUUCAAGGUUGUCCGCACUGGUCUGGUUGACGCCUCGGGAGUCGCAUCUCUGCUCGGUACGACCGAGGUCGCCAUCGUCGAGGGCGAGGACAAGUCUGGCCCACCAGGUGGAAUGGGCGGCAUGGGUGGCGGCAUGGGAGGCAUGGGCGGCAUGGGGUAAGUGACUCUGUCAAUGUGAUAAGGCUAAGCUAACAAAUCUCCAGCGGAAUGAUGUAAGAGAGGGACGAUAAGCAAACGAGAAAGAACCUGGGUCCGAACCCGUUGUAAAAUACUAUGUGUCAUAUUAGCGUCCGGGGAUGUUUUGGUGUAUAAAAGCAAGAGGGUGACUUUCGAAGCGCUUUGAUCGACUCCACUCAACUAAUUGAUGGAUGGGAAGACGGCGGGGCUGUGGAGGGGGUCGUGGGAGGGAAUGGGACGAUUUGCGAUGUGCAUGUUGCAUACUAUGCGACGAUAGCGAGAACCACCUUGUAAAGAAGAAUAAAAACACUGUAACACUUCUAAUAUCUGACAUAUCUCACUUGAUGAAUGUCUCGACUCCGGCUGUUAUUGUCAUGUGACUUUCACUGAGUGUCUCAUCUGAAACCUGCUCUGUGGAAUCAAGGGGUUGACGCCUAAUCUAGACAGCUAAAUUUGUGUACUGUGUUCGUAGACUGCCUUCAGCCAGUUUGUUAAACAAGAUUCCCAUUAACUGACGCCGAAAUUCGAAAUUGGCUGCCUGCCCAGUUUUCGAUUAUGUUAUUUGGUCGCUGACGGGUAAGCGAGUUGCAGUCACGUGCAUCACCCCACCAACAUGUCGCAAGUAGCAAGUAGGCAGUGUGUCGUCGA